AUGGAUAUGAUGCCUGGCCCUGAGUACAAACUUCGGGCCUCAAAGCGAUCCCACGAUACUUCAUUCCAAGCGCCAGCGCAGGAGGAUGGUUACAGCACGUCGACGUCACUGGGAACUGAAGAUAUCUCCGCAGAGGUACGGCGCCUGAAGAUCAAGGAGGAGAACAGGCGAAAGAAAGAAAAUCCCAAGGCGGGCAUGCGCAAGCGCGAGAGUCUGGUGUCGAACGACAGUGCUUCAGCCGCUGUGAACAGGCCUCGGACUAAGCAGCUGAAGGUUGAGCAUGUGCGCAAAAGAGAGGGUGAUUUGGAGCCGGAAAUGGGACGGAUUCUCUGA